AUGCACAUCAAGCAGGAGGGAAUAAAACCUGUCUCUGGGUCUAACGACCUUCCCGACGCCAAAACAGAAGGAGACUACAAUAAUAACGAGUUCAUUUUGGCCGAUGACUAUGUCGACACUCUGACAACAGAAGAUCUAAGGCUUCUCCAUGAGGCCGAAGAGAGGGCCCUCCGUAACGCCCCUCCUAUUACCCAAACUUCUUCUCCCCAACGCACAGGAAACUAUGCUGCAUACGUGGUAUUCUGUGGUAGAUCAACCGGCGUCUUCAGAACUUGGGCAGCUACCAAGGCUCAAGUCUCAGGGUGGCCCGGUGGGUGCCAAAAAGGAUAUAAUUCUCUUAAGGAGGCCCAGGAUGCAUGGGUGUAUUCUUUGGCCAAUGGUACCGGCCGCGAGUCAGGGACGCUGGGUCCAAACAUCAAUCGCAGUCCUGCCCGUCCCUAUUCACCUCCAAAAAGAUCAACAACUAUCACUCCAGAUGCUGUUGCUUUUGACCCUUCUGUCGUCAUUGAGGGAUUAACACAGCUCUCUCUCAAUGAAGGUAAAAGCUUCACCACUUCAUCUCCAAAGACAAAUUCUAGAGCGGACGCGCCUACCCCGAAAAACAAGAGAUCGCCUCACCGGGAAGAUGUUUCUUUCUCAACACUUGACGUUUGGUGGGUCGUGUAUAAAGGGUCCAAGCCGGGAGUGUAUCACAGUCUUCGUGAUGCUCUGUCGGCAUCAGGGACUCACCCAAAACGACUCCUCGGCAAGGCCGCUUCUGAAGAUAUGGCUAAUCAAGAAUUUGUCAAUGCCUCCAUGAGCGGACUGGUCGAAUGCUUAUAG